AAGGGCGACGUUCGGUACCCGAGAUACCUGGCGAUGGACAAGUCACUUCCUACCGGAGAUGCUGUUUCCUAGCAACCGCCUCCCACCUCGGCCUUUUGUCCCUCCCCCUGGCUCGGGCCGGGCCUGGUCUCCGAAAGCCGGCAGGCCCGGCGGAGGCGAGAAGCUCCUCCCCGAAGCCAGCCUCUCAGUGGUGAGGCUGCGGGGAGACCGCCGCCGGAGAGGCUGGAGUGGCCAUCAUCUGAGGUUGAAUUAUUCCUGUUCUUAAUUAGUCAUUUUAUAAAGCUAAAGAGUUUAAAAACCAACAACAAAAAACAAAAACACUAUGUCCGACGAAGUUUUUAGCACAACUUUGGCAUAUACAAAGAGCCCAAAAGUCACUAAAAGGACCACUUUCCAGGAUGAGCUAAUAAAAGCAAUCACAGCUCGCUCAGCCAAGCAAAGGAGUUCUGAAUACUCAGAUGACUUUGACAGUGAUGAGAUUGUUUCCUUAGGUGAUUUUUCUGACACCUCAGUGGAUGAAAACUCAGCCAAGAAGAAAAUGAAUGAUUUCCACAUAUCAGAUGAUGAAGAAAAGAAUUCUCCAAAGCUGUCUUUUUUGAAAACCAAAAGAUCAAAAACUAAUGUAAUGAAAGAUGAGUCAGUAUUCUCCAUGAAAAAUGAGAAGGAAUUGGCACCUGAUGGUAGUGAGGACGUGGCUGUAAAUCCUUUAUCUGAACCUCAAAAUAAAGACCACGAAAUUGAAACAGAGAAAAUUAAAGUGAAACCCAAGCCCAGAAUUCUUCCAGUCAAAAGCACGUCUUCAGUAGAAAACAGCAGCAGCCUUGAAGCUGACAGCCACGUCAAGCCUUCACCUCGGCCAAGGAGCAUGCUGAGAAAGCGCAGCCUCAGGGAGGAGACAGACGGGCCAGGAGAAGACAAAAAAACUGCCCAUUGUGAAGAAUCAGAGGCACAUUGCACACCAUCAUCCCUUCCAAGACUGGAUGGCAGACAACUUGCAGCUGAGAAACAAGCAUUCUCUGAAAACCUUGGACCUGAGGAUCCAUGGUUAACAAGACUAUCAUCAUCAGCACCCCCUAAAGAAAGUCUUGGAGAGUCCUUUUCACCAGAACCUGGGGAAAAAGCAUCUGUAAAAGAUCAGACUGAAGAACUCACUGAAAGCCAUAAUUCUUUAAAAUCAAAUGAAAAUGAAGAAAAUUCAUUUUUGAUAGACCUUGUUACUACUGCAUUUGAGAAAUCCAAGGAAAGUCAAGUGAUUACUAAUGACCUUAAAGAAGAAAAGGAGAAAGCUGAAUCGAUUCUGAAUGACGACCUAAUAGUUGAUCCUCCAGUAUUAGAAUCUCAGGGUAUCUUAAUAUCUACCAACGCAGCGGAAUCUGCAAAGAAAACAAUUGAAGAUAGAAAUCUGGAGAAUAAAAAGUCAACAAAUAAUAGAGCAUCCAGUGCAUCUGGCAGAUUAAUGACCACUGAGUUUUUAAAGAAAUCUACUUCUGUGAGGAGAAGUCCAUUGACAACUACCUCUUCUCACUAUUUAGGGACCUUGAAAGUCUUAGACCAAAAGCCCUCCCUGAAACAGAAGACAGAACCUGACAGAGCAGACAACAUAAGGGCAGCUGUUUAUCAGGAGUGGUUAGAAAAGAAGAAUGUAUAUUUACAUGAAAUGCACAGAAUUAAAAGGAUUGAAAGUGAAAACUUAAGGAUCCAAAAUGAACAGAAAAGAGUGGCUAAGAGAGAAGAAGCCUUAGCAUCAUUUGAGGCCUGGAAGGCCAUGAAGGAAAAGGAAGCAAAGAAAAUAGCAGCAAAAAAAAGGCUUGAGGACAAAAACAAGAAGAAAACCGAGGAAGAAAAUGCUGUGAGGAAAGGAGAAGCACUACAAGCUUUUGAAAGAUGGAAAGAGAAAAAGAUGGAAUAUCUUAAAGAAAAAAAUAAAAAGGAGAAAGAAUAUGAAAGAGCAAAGAAACAGAAAGAGGAGGAAAUUGUUGCUGAGAAAAGGAAGGAUAACUUAACUGCUGUUGAAAAAUGGAAUGAAAGAAAGGAAGCUUUCUUCAAAGAAAAGGAAAAAGAGAAAAUAAAUGAGAAAAGAAAAGAAGAAUUAAAAAGAGCUGAGAAAAGAGACAAAGAUAAACAGGCUAUUGAUGAGUAUGAAAAGUGGCUGGAAAAGAAAGAAAGGCAGGAAAGAAUUGAACGAAAACAAAAGAAGCAUCAUUCGUUUCUUGAAAAUGAGACACUUCCUCCAUGGAGCCCUCCAAGCCAAACUGUCUUCUCAAAAGUGUUUCGAUAAUUCUAAUUCUUACUUUAGUAAUUUAUCAAUUCACCAAUGUUAGCCAUGGCUUUAAAACUAUUCAUUCCAUUGUUCUUAGUGAAAAGAGUCUAUUUUAAUUAAAUACUAGCCACUUCUGCUGACAAUGAAAAACGAUGCUUUGGAGCUUAAUCAGUGAAAGCACUGAAAGCAUUUUUUUAACUGUAAACUGCCUCAAAUGAAAAGCUAAUAAUCAGAUUGCUCUUAGCAUUAAAAUGCAUUCCUCUUAUGUCCUGAUAAUUCUUACAGUCAGACAAUCCGUGAUCACUUUUAUUACACUGUGCAAGUUACUGAAGUGUUAUUAUUACCAGUAAUAAAAAGGAAACCAUUUAGGUACCAUAAUCAUAUAAAUAAUUGUGAAUAAUUAUGCAUUUAGAUUCAAGUUUUAAAAUGAAUGGGGAGUUAGCAUUUAUUAUUUCUUCUAAAAUAUUCUUAGCCCAAACAGUGAAUUUGUGCUGUGCAAGUUAGCAUUUUGGUCAAUUAAGACAUUAGUUCAGUAGAACUUUAAUCAGCAAGACAAUUUCUUAGAUUUUAAUAAUUUUGCCUGAUGUUUUAGUAUGAAGUAUACUUUCUCUGUUCCAGGCUUACAUGACAAUCAGGAAUUUUAUAAUGAGUGGACCUCUGAAACUUGUCUUUAUAAAUUCCAUCUCACUUUAUUAUUACAGUGAUAGUGAUACUAAAAGUUAUUAAUUUCAUGGUAGUGAUACACUUACACAUUAGUUAUGGAAAUUCCAUAAGAGUUCAAGGUCAUUAUCACUAUUGUUUUCCAAACUACAUAAAGGUGGUAAAGGCAAUUUUAUUCUCUUAAGUAAUCCAUAGUCUUAUAGUUUAUAUUUAGAAGAUAGCUAUAUAGUAAUUAAUUUAUAUUAAAUGUCCAAAGACUAUUUAUUUGAUCUCUGCAUGUUCUUGUAGACAACUGGACUCAUACUUGAACUGGUUACCUAGGUUUAUCACAGACCAAUUGUAUACUCUCAGAUGUGAAAUGCUACUUUAGCCAAUGAUGCAAUGCAAGAAUGAGUGAGAAUAAACAAUUAGUACUUACUAAGCACCUAUUGUAUCCUCUCUGCUAGAUCCUUACCAUUGUUAUUUCUCAUCUUUACAGCAACUAUUCAGGGUAGAUGUUAUUAGCCUCAUUUUACAGAUUAAAUACUGAGACACAGAGAAAUCAAAUAAUUAUCACACAUUUAGUAUGUGUCUGAGUUGGGAUUAGAACUGAUUUUAAGUCUGUCUCCCUCCAGAAUUCAUGUGUUCAUGUUCUCAUGUGACCUCAGAGAAUGGUAAAUUCUAUCAAGACCUCUCUUUAUAUCAACCUUAUAAAUACAUUUACCUCUCAGAUCCUAAAAUCGUGUAUCAUUACCCAGAGAUUAUCUGUCCCCUAAGAAAUAGUUCUUUUGUUAUUAGGGAUGGUGAGCCUCAUUAGAGCUAUAAAAUAAAAAAAGAGUUCAUAAUAUUUAAGGAAUUAGUCAGACAUCUUGUAUCAAGUAUUAGAAUGUCAGAAAACCCAGCAGGUUAUGGAACAUAGGCUUUUAGAUAGUCACUUGGGGUUUCACACUCAAGAUUAACCUUCUUACAGCUGUGUGUGUGCAAGAAAAAGAUGUCAAGGUUCGCUUUGUAAGGUCACAUCAGUGCCAGCAGUAAAUAAAAGAAAUUUCAUAAAUAAAACUGGAAGCCUUUUUAUACUGCUGUAAGUAGGAAAAUACUCAUGAAAAUUUGAAAUGAUUAUGAGCAAUAUGUAUUAUCAAUGUGAUUUAGGGCCUCUUUUUCAUCUGCUUGUCCCCCAUAGUACCAAACACAGUGCCUACUAGAAUAUAUUGUUUAGUGUAUCGAAUUAGCUAUUCAGAGCUAAAGUGCUAUUUGCAAAUUACAGAAAAGGAAAAGAAAAAAAUAGAAAAAAGUACAGCAACUUUUAGGGGUAUUAAAUCCUAAGUGUGUGUGACACAAAUUCCAUAUUAAAUAUUUACUUAAAUUUCCUGCUCAUUUUCUUUUAUAUUAUAAUAUUUAGUAGUUUACCAUUAUCCCCUCUUAGUUGCUCUGACAACUGAAUGAGAUUAGUUAAUUAAUAUGAAGCAUAGGGCAUAUAAUAAGUAUUUAAUAAAUGUUCAGUUUUAUUUCUUACUACCAAUGAGCCCUACCUUUCCCCACUUCUCACCUUUUGUGAGAAGAAAGUUAACAUAGAGUUGCUAAUAGUUUUUGACAUUACAUAUUUUUAGCAAACAAAAAAUUUCUGCUUUCUGGCCAGCCUAGACUAUAGCACUCAAAAGAGAAUAUAGAGGUGACCUGUACUGUGGACCUCCUAAAAAGACUUUGAACACUAAUUUCUUAGUGUUGCUCAUGAGAAAUCCCUCAAAUGGAAAUCUUUGUCUUACACGAUAAAUAAUAUAUUAUUUCUUGUUCAUAACAGCCUGUGCUGGUUCAGUUGUCUAGUCACAUGAAGUAAUCUCUUCUCCUAUAGCAGAAAUGAACCUGAGAUUUGAAAGCUGGGUGAAAAUAUAGUACUGUUUACUUUCUGAGAUCCAAAGAGGAGAAUCCAGCCUGAUGAUACUCUCUUGAAUAUAUUUACCUAUUAGGGUAUGAUUUCCCUGUAUUUCCUUUAAAAGUAUCAAAUGUCAAUAUAGAUAUUUGUUCAUUAAGUUUUCAGUAGUGUAUAAGGGAGUCUUAAAUUGAGGACACUAAAUGCCUAUAGACUUUCAGAUUAAACCUCCAGUUUUGUAAAUGGUAUUGAGGACUUGAAGAAUGCUGACACUUCAAAAAUAGGAAUUUAAUGAGUAUUCUAAAACAUUACCAAAAAAUAUCCCUAGAAAUUUAAAUAUUAAAAAAUUAAACUUUUAUAGAGUUCCAUAAUAACCAAGAAAAUAGUAGUAUUGCACAAAUAAAAAGAAUUAUGGUAUUUUAAGUCAAAAGGAGAUUGAAUUUUCUUAAUGAAAGAAAAUAACUGCUCAGGGAUAAUAUUCCAGUGUUUGUAUUGUGUCACAUUUUGCAAAUGUUAGUAGUUCCGUUUAUUGUUUUAGAUAGUAUUGAAACAUGUUUUUCACUGUUGCCAAAGCAGUUCGUAAUAUUAGGUGUCCACAGUUGUCCAUACCUUAGAGUAAUAUAAUAUGCAUUUGAAAGGGAUUUUAAUCAUUUGAUAGACCUGGCCCAAACUGUUUCUAAGAUGAAAAAAACUGAUUUGCAAAGACCUGGACUUGCCCAAGCUCACACUGACUGAGAAUCUGCACUUAGAACUCAGGUAUCGGGCUUCCUGCUUGUGCUCUGCCCAUCAUUCCACAAUUUUGACAAUCUGAUAAAAGUUACAUACUAACUUUUGUAAAUGUGGUCACUAUUAACUUGGUUGAUUUUUAUCCUCUCAGAUGAUCCCUUAUUCUUCCACCACCACCUCCAUAAGUAUCCACCAGAUCUAAGCUGUUUAGGUGCCUACAAUACAUCAGUGUUGGGGUAUAGUAGAAUUUCCUAAAUCCUGAGUCAGGGGCUAAGAUUUUACAAAAUGGGAGAAAUUGCAUGUUAGUCAAAAUAAACUAGUAUGGGAUUCAAAUUUCCCUGAUUUAAUCUUGCUUCAAUUUCAGUAGUGCUAUAUUUAAAAAGUAAACCGAUAUACUUCCAUUCUAUACAAUACAAAGAUAAAUUGUCCACUUCCUAGGUACAUUGACUGACAAUAAUAAAUGCUGUGUAAAACUUUAACUGGAGACUUCUCUGAAUUCUUUUACUUCAAAAUUUCAUGUGAUUAUUUUGAAACAUGUUACAUAUAAUUGUAUAAUGUUAAAUUGGGUGAACUAAAUUCUUGGUAUUCAAUUUAGGAUGUUGUUUUAAGAAUUAUUGGAAGAGAUGUAUUUAAGGUCUGCUUUUUAGUAGCAUAUUUUCAUGUAAUGCUUAAUUAAAGUGAAUAAUUCAAAUUUAA